CAUGAUAUGACUGCAGUAUCGACAUGUUAGCUGGACUACCGUGGUGCUUAUCGGCUGCAAGCAAAAAGGGGUCCCUUGUCAGUUAUUACCGACGUUCAAUACCUCUUUGCAGGUGGUCCACAGCCCUAAGAGCUCAACUGUCCCAGGUCCCUCAGUACUCGAGUCUGAGCAAUUCAAUGGGGUAUUCUUCUUUGCCAUUGGAGUGUCUCCAGUGAUAUCUACUGCGCUUUCGGCCCAGCUUUUGGUCCCACUUCUCCAUUCUAACCAGAACUUGACGGACACUGUUACGUUACUAGGCAGGGCCUAUGCCUCUCGGAAUCCUCUAACAAAUGAGCUUCGGGACUAUCAACUGGGAGACAGAGAACAGACAUAAUCAUCAGCAACCUGACUUACAUUCAAAAAGGGAGCUUCAUGGGAUUUACAUUGCAUACGUCGCGUCCAAGUUACAGCAAGAUAUCACCCCAACCUUACUCUGGUACACCAACCAACCCCCAGAUCAUUUCACAAGCAUGAUGUUGGCCCUCUAUAACUGCAUCGCCAUCGACAUCUCGCACCUAUUCACCAGCCCUGUCUGGCUAACUCUUAGCUGUGAAUUCCCUACAAUGCCUGUCCACCUAAGCCAUGAACAAGCUACCACAGCUCUCAACCACGCCGAAGCAUCUCUUCAACAUCUCCAUCUAGAAGUCAUCUUCCUCGCGCCCACGCUCCAUGUAAUUGGGGUGCAAAUAGCUCGCAAGUCAAACCGCAGCCGUAUCGUGAGCUUCAUUGGAAGGACCAAACAAAAGGGCUUACUGUGACUGGCCGACUCCUGACCCUGCUUGAAAAGGAGUGGUCUGCUGCUGGAUAAUAUAUAAAUAAGUUUAUUUGGAAGUGCCAACAAAUAACUGAAAUAUCGGCGAGUUUUCUGGAAAGUAGUGAUAAACAACCCCUGUUC